GGAGCAGCAGGAGUCGGCGAGGCGGCGGCUGCGGGGCGAGCGGAGUGACGGGCGCGGCUCAGCCACAAGCCACAGUGGGGGGUGCAUGCUGCUUGCUCCCCUUUUGCUGCACCACUGCCCAGAGUUGGUGAGAGGCCCUGGCCGGGGGUGCCAGGUGAAAUGGCUUCAAUGCCGUCUGGUUUGCUGAUGCUCUGGCCGUUGGUUCUGCUCCUCUGUGAUCCAGCAGCGUCCAUCGAGUUCCCCAAAGGAUUACUGCAGCCACCUGAAUUCACAGAGCAGCCAGAUAAGAAAAUUGUUAUUUUCCCAAAUGACGAGGCCACCCUGAAAUGUGAGGCCACUGGGAACCCCCCAGUGAAGUUCCGGUGGACCAGGGAUGGGCGCGAAUUUGAUCCUGAGCAGGUGCCGGGGAUGACGCAACGGAACGGCAGAGGGACCCUGGUCAUCACGACAAACAACGGCAAUACGGCUACCAAGUUCCACGGGCGAUAUCGGUGUUAUGCCAGCAACAUUCUGGGCACUGCCAUGAGCUCCGAAAGCCAAAUUAUAGCUGAGAGUGCUCCACAGUGGCCAAAGGAGAAAGUGGCACCUAUUGCAGUGGAGGAAGGGACCCAUACGGUCUUACCCUGCAACCCACCUGAAAGUGCUGUCCCACCCAAAAUCUACUGGCUGAACAACAAGAUUGAGCAUAUCAAAAAAGAUGACCGAGUUACCAUGGGCCAAGACGGGAAUCUCUAUUUUGCCAACGUCCAGAUGAAGGACAGCCGCCCUGACUAUAUUUGCAACGCCCAUUUCCAAGGUCCUCGAAUCAUCAUCCAGAAGGAGCCCAUUGAACUAAAAGUUUUCCCCACCAACAGUUUCUCGAACCAGAAGCCAAUGCUAAUUGUACAUAAGAUGCCCAACACGUACGAGGCGAAGCAGGGGGAGCCCUUGGUGCUGGAAUGCAUUGUGGCAGGACUCCCUACACCAACUGUAGAAUGGGUCCACCUGAACAGACGGAAGCUUUCGGACCGCGUAAUCUUUGAGAACUCAAAUAAAACCCUGCGCAUCCCAAGCGUGGAGGAGGAUGAUGAUGGAGAAUACCAGUGCAUUGCUCACAAUGACCACGGCACGAUCCGCCACAGCUACUAUGUGACGGUCGAGGCUGCUCCAUACUGGAUAAAAGAGCCCGAGAACGAGAUCUUUGCUCCAGGAGAAAGUGUGCGCUUGAAUUGCGAUGUUGAUGGGCAACCCAAACCAGAGGUGUCGUGGAGAAUAAAUGGGAUCCCGCUAGAAGAGGUGAUGCCAGACCCCAGAAGGAAGGUGGUGCCAGGAGCUUUGAUCCUCAACCAAGUGCAGCCCAACGACACAGCUGUGAUCCAGUGUGAAGCCCAUAAUAAGCAUGGCAGUCUCCUCGCCAAUGCGUACAUCCUCAUUGUCCGUCUGCCAGCAGAGAUCCUGACCCCGGAUGGGUUAGUAUACAAUGUGGUGGAGAACCAGACAGCCACCUUGCACUGUGAGACUUUUGGGGCACCUCGACCCACUGUGAACUGGCUUACAGAAGGCUUGUACUCCAUCAUGGAAGAUUACCGGAGCUUUCUAUUCACAAACGGAACCCUCCAGCUUGAGAAAGUCCAGCGUGAGGAUGCAGGGAACUUCACAUGCUUCGCCGAGAAUGAUCAGAACAAUGUCUCCAUCGUCGCCCACCUUUUUGUCAAAGGAGCCACACAGUUUGAAGUGGAGCCUACAAACACAGAAGGGGAGAAGGGUGGCCACGUGACGUUCCAUUGCAAAGUGCUGUUCGAUGACACCAUCCCAGGCCCUGGUCUUGAGUGGCACCGAAAAGGGCAGCCGGUUAAGGAGUCCGCUGACAAUGACAAGUAUUUCAUCAAUGACACAUCCCUGACCAUCACUGACCUGGACUAUUCUGACCAAGGAAUAUACACCUGCCGGGCUUGGACAGCUCUUGACUCUGUGGAGAAAAGUGCCAAGCUUUGGGUAUAUGGCAAUCCUGGCCCUGUGUCAAAUCUGGAACUGUCAGAGCAGGAGGACUGGCAGGUGAAGCUGACAUGGACCCCAGGAGAUGAUCACAACAGGCCUAUCAAGGAGUAUACUGUAUUUUGUGACGAAAGCAACUUUGGGCAAGGAAAAAUGGAAAAGUUAGCCACUGUACCAGGAAACCAGCCGUGGGCCACGCUUCACCUUUCUCCAUUCAGGAAAUACAACUUCUAUGUGAAGGCCAGAAAUGAUCACGGGGAUAGUGCGUUAAAUUCCCACCCUGUCAGCUAUGUCACAAAUCCUGCAGCCCCUAAGCGGAAUCCAUCUGAUGUCAAAGGAAAGGGGAACGAGACUACUAAUAUGAUCAUCACCUGGACGCCCUUGCCUCGCAGGGAGUGGAACGCCCCGAUGCUGAAAUACCUUGUGCAGUGGCGACCGAGGAACCAUGAGCAAUGGAACACGGUGGAGGUGGAGCGCCCCCCUGUGGUGGUGACGGAAACCCCUGUCUUCUCACCCUACGAGAUUAAAGUGCAGGCGCAGAAUGGCUUUGGCAAAGGACCUGAACCGCACACCACUCUUGGCUACUCUGGGGAGGGUGUACCCGAAGCCGUCCCUGAGAAUAUGGGAAUUAUGGUAAUCAACAGCACAACCAUCAAGAUUUCCUGGAGCCUGCUUCACAGACAGAAAAUUUUCGGCCACCUCAGGGGAUUUAAGAUUUAUUAUUCAAACUUUGGGACCAUGGCAGAGCACAGCCAUCGUCAGGUCUACCUUCACCCCCACCCCCACGGGGACCUGGAGAUUGAAGGGGAUGUGUCUCAAGUCACCUUGGGGGGCUUCAGGCCCUGGAGCCGGUACCGACUUCAGAUGACUGUGCUGAAUGGGCAGGCCGAGGGACCCCGCAAUGAGGCCCUGGAGUUUAACACCCCUGAGGGAGUGCCCAGUCCUCCAGCCUCCUUCCACUUGGACUGCAUCUCGGAUACGGCACUGAAACUGGAGUGGACGCCCCCCAAAUUCCCCAAUGGGAAAUUGCUGAGAUACAAGUUGGCCUUCCAGCAAGCCAACCAGACAGCCAACCAGACAGCGCUGGAAUCCACCUCCUACAGCAUCAGUGCUGAACACAAUGACUUUAACCUCACUGACCUUGCCCCCCAUACUCCCUACAAGUUGUACUUGUGGGCAGAAACCAGUGUGGGGCCAGGGGAGCCAUUUGUCCUGGAAGAGCAUGCGAUGCGUGAGUCAGUGAACCUGAGCUUUAUGAAUAUCAGUUUGGGUGAAACAGGGAAGAACUACACCACCAUCGUCUGGACCCCACGUCCCAACCAGCGAGAUGUGGAAAUCAAAGUCCAUCUUAUGAGCAAGACUGAUAAAGAAUCGUGGCGCACUGUAGGGGAUGCCAGCUCCAGCCAGGGCUCCUUCAGCAUCUCAGACUUGCAGCCAGGCAAGCAAUAUCGGGUCCGGCUUGUGAAAGCACACCGUACGGGGGAGGAUCAAACCAUCUGGGAGACAGAGGUUGAAACUAGUGGCGUUGUUGCUGAGGAUUUCCAGAAGAGCUUUGCUGCGGAAGGUUGGUUCAUCGGCUUUGUCAGCGCCAUCGUUCUCCUCAUCCUGGUUCUGGUGCUUCUCUGCUUCAUCAAGCGCAGCAAGGGCGGCAAGUACUCGGUGAAAGACAAAGAAGACACUCAGGUGGAUUCUGAGGCCAGGCCGAUGAAGGACGAGACCUUUGGGGAGUACAGUGAUAAUGAGGAAAAACCCUUCACAAGCAGCCAGCCCUCCCUGAACGGUGAAAUCAAGGCCCUGGGAAGCGACGACAGCUUGGCCGACUAUGGGGGCAGCGUGGAUGUCCAGUUCAAUGAGGACGGCUCCUUCAUCGGCCAGUACAGCGGUCAAAAGGGCAAAGAAGGAGGGGGAAACGACAGCUCAGGGGCUACGAGCCCCACCAAUGUGGUCACUGCCCUGGAAUAAAAGAGGGGGCACCUCCCCAAAGGAUACCCCCAACCCUGGGGGGAAGAGGAUUUCCCUGUGGAUUAUUGGGUUGAGGACACAGGGAUAACCCCCUCCUCACCAAGGGAAAGAAACAAAGAAAGAAUAAUUGCUCAAGCGGAAGUGGUAAUUGGGGGAAUUCACCCCUUUGUUUACUAGCUGACCCCCCCACCCCAUCAGGGAGGGUUAGAAAAUCAGGGGAUUCCCAUAAUUAUUCACCCAGCCCUGAGCAAAGUCAUAUUUCUCUCCUUUCUGCACCCCUCUCCCAAAACCCAGUUAUCCUUCAGCCAAAUUGGGUGUGUGUGUGUGUGUGUUUGUGGCGGGGAGGGCAGGGCGGUGACAAGCUCAGAGGGGCUUAGUGGGGCUCAGUGUUCAAAAUUGCCAAAAGAACGGAUGACCCCCUUCCCAAUCCUCAGAAAUGUUCGUUCUUCAUAGGUGUUUAGGAAGCAGGUGCUAACUGGUACUGCAAAGUCCCAUCUCCACUCCCCACCCCAAGACAUGGGAAGCAGACAGAACAGCUGGUGGAAUAAUAGGGGCUGGGAGUCCAUGGGGAUCUUCUGCCUGCCCCUGCGGAAGGAAGGAAGGCUUGUGGGGUAGCUGAAAAGAAAGCUGUGGGAAAGGAAUGAGUAUCAGUGGGCUGGAAAAUUCAAAAGCUGUGGGUCUCUUGAUUCUGCUAUGCACCCCCUUCUUUUCAUGGAUUAAGCCAACUGAAGUUUCCUAACAUUUGCACCUAGCAGGGGAGGUGUGCCCCAGCUGCACCCCCCAAAUCCCACUGCAUAGAUCUGUCAAUCCUUCCCUCCUUGCUUGCUUGAUUCCCCAACCCAUGCCUUGUUCAGGGGGCAGUUCCCUUUGACCAGUGGGCUUUCAAACUUUCCGUCUUGAGGUUUGUGUGCUGAGGCCUUCUUGCACAUCUGCCAUGGAGGUCUGCGUUGCCAAGCAUUCUGGGACAGGGUCCAGGGUCCACACUAAGCAUUGCAGUGGAAGAUUGGUGGUCAUAAGCAAGGGGUUCUUCAGGAGAAACUUAGCUGCCAUGAUUCACUGAGGAACCCCCAAAUUGGUUUUCAAGAGGCUCCAGGUUACACCCCUGGGAACAAAGUUUGAAACCCAUUGCCAGAACUUAGUCCCCUUCUGGUGCUGAAUUUCCCACUUAGGGUGUGUGUGUGUGUGUGUGUGUGCGCGCGCGCAUCUCUCUUGUUCCUUUUUCUUCCUUUUUGGGUGCCACAUUAAUUCAUGUCCCUCUUUUUUCUGAUGACCAAAACCCAUGGUUCCUUCCACUGGGCCAAAUAUCUUACCAUUUCACAGACACCCCCCUCCUCUUUCUCUGUUCCCCACUCCCAGCCUCCCCACAAACAAUAGAGAAAAGGGAAAAAAAACCAAGAACCUCUGUGCUUCUUGAAUGCAUCUCACGCAGCUGCCUUGCUACACGUUCUGUCUUUUGAAAGUGGCCUCUUCACCGAAUCAACCCCCACCCCACCCCCAUCUCCAGCCUCUGUCUGAUGUGAUUUUUUUUCCUCUUGCUUGUUGGGGAUGAAGCAAACCCUUGCUUUUUUUGCAUAAAACGUUUUUUAAAAUAACAAUAAAAAAUAAUAACAAAAGUACUCUGAUGUUUUGAGCAACCCUACGCAAAAUAAACCCCAUCUUUUCCCUGGUCUGUAAAUAUUUCAAACCCUUGUGCUCGAGUUUGUUUUAGGUAUCUUAGGACUGGUGUUUUGAAGUCUUCUAGUUGGUCUAUUUAGGUGGCUUGGAAUUUAAAAAACAAAAAAGGGAAAAAAAACAUUUGAAAAGUCCCCUUCCUCCUACUCUGUGACGCCUUCCCCCCCCCCCCCGCUCCAAGCCUCCCUGCCCUGUGUAUUCUUCUCUUUUGUCAGGUCUGUUGCUAUCUACCUUUCUCUCUCGAUGGCUUUUUUAAUAUAUAUAUAUAUAUGUAUAUAUAAACAGAAUUAUAAAAUGGUAAAUAAAUGCUGAAAUUGGAGCUUGCUUGGAGUGAUGA